CAAUAAUUACUGUUCCUGUGCCAUGUUCUUUCAUAUGUAUGCAGUGCUGGACUAUAUGAGAUAUAUUUGCUGGAAAUUAAAUGAAGAUUUUAAGAUCUGCUAAGGCUGAGGGAAGGACUUUAUUGCCUGUUGCCCUGCAAGUCAUAGGAAACAGUAGGUUGGGAUUUUUCCAGUGGUUUGUGUUUGAGGCUUCCUGUCCAGAUGGACUGUGUCCAGGAUGGAGUGUCAUCCUGAAAGGAGAGACCCCCUCAGAGGCCAACAAGUUUGAGAUCAAUUUCCUCUGCGACCGGGACGACAAAAUAGCCUUCCAUUUCAACCCCCGCUUCACCGAGUCAGACAUCGUCUGUAACUCCUACAUGGCAAAUCACUGGGGGAAGGAAGAGAGGUGCACCAACUUCCCUUUUGGCACAGAUGAGCCCUUCCAGAUUGAAAUCUACUCAGACAACGACAACUUCCAUGUUUACAUUGAUGACACGAAGAUCAUGCAGUAUAAGCACCGCGUGGAAGACCUGAAGACCAUUACUAAAGUCCAGGUGGUGAACGAUGUCAACAUCUCCUCUUUGGAGAUCUCCAAGAAACAUUUAUACUAAUGCUGGGAGGCGAGGGAGCUUUAAAUUGAGCCCCCCAGCAAACUCCUCUGGGAAGAGUAAACUGAAGUAAGCCUUUGUUUGUUUACAGUGGAUUAUGGUCUGUCUUGCAUUUUCUGUUGAUAAUUUUAGCAAUAAACAACAAUGAUUAUCUCCUCUG